CCCUGAUUAUCCUAGUAAAGCUCCUCACAAUAAUCAAGUUCAAGUUGUCUUGAGCCAAGAAAUAAACCAGUCUUGAUCUGACUUCAUUCUACAGCGCCGAAGUUCAUUUGUUUGAGCUCGGGACCGCAACGACGUUCCAAAUCGAACAGAAAAAAUCGAAAGAUAUUGAUAGUACAAAAAUCCUGUGCUUCUGCUUUCUCAAGAAGACCAAUCAGAAAAUUUGUGACAAGAUUUUUGGAUAGUAUUAGCACGCUAUUAGAUUUGUUUUCGAGACAAGGAAGUAACCUUACUUAUCUCGAGAAAUCAUCUCCAUAGCAACAAUAAUUUCUACAGAGUUUUGAUUUAUUCGAUUGGUCUUUCUCUUUGUUUUGUUUUAAUUGUUUUGGACAAAAAUAUUGGAUUAUUUCAAUUUUUUAUUUUAUUAGAAUUAGAUUGUGCUCACGUUUUGGAAAAAAUACUCCCAGACAACUUCUAUAGCCUAUUGCAACUAAACGACCAUACAAAGUCUAAACAGUCCUCUGUUCUAAAGAAAGCCUGCGCAGUCCUCUGUUCGAAAGAAAAGGUUUUAGCUAUAACUUCUCUUCUCUCGGAAAGAACAAACGUAUUAUUGCGUAUAUCUAUCGGAAGUUCUUUUGCUUUUGUAUUUGUAGUGUGCAAGUACAAGUAGUCCUCUAGCUCUAUCAAGAAAAUCAAAAUGGAACAUCAGCAUCCGCAGCACGUCGCGACUUCUUAUCACGAUAUGGAGCUGCACCGUGGCCACGAUGGUGUUGUAGUUUUGGACAGCACCGCAACUACGCCACCUCCGCCGCAAAUCUCUCCACAGCAGGACAACAUCGUCCUCGCAGGACAACCGGGCGGCACGCAGACUGCAGUUGUGCCGCAUCAGCAAUACUACUACCACUACGCUGAAGAUCAUGUUGCUGCCGACGAAGAAAAUCAGCUCGUUUUCGAUGAGAAUCAGGAGCCAGGGUCAUCCACAAGGACGACCCCCGCAGCUGGCUGCAGUGCCCUUGCCAUUGUCGCUAUUAUCCUUGCAGUCUGCGUGGUUGUCGGGACUGGAAUCGGUCUCGCGGUGUAUUUAUGGAUUGUAAAAAUGUCUGGGUCUGGAAGGUUGGAACUUGUAAUGCUAGCUUUCCAUACCUAGAAAAUCUGUAUUGCAUAACCAACAAAAGUCGCAGCCUCUUUUGUCAUGCAAAGACGCAGUUUCUCAUGCGGGUUGCCUAUGAGAAAGCGUUUUGGGAAGUUGUCAUGCCGGACUGCAUUCGGAAGUGUUUUCAUCAUGCACAUUUUAGCAUCACAAGUUUCCAGACCCAAACAUUUUUACAGUUGAUACUAUUUUGCUUCCGUGGAGCAUAAUAAUUCCAAUGCGCAGCAGCAGCCGGGCUUAUCAAUCACUGCUCCCAUAUGGAAGUGUCAGAAUCGAAAUUGACAAAAUCGAAAAACUUGUGAUGCACAAAAUCGAUACCAGUUGCAGCCGCAGUUUCCAAGUGGGGCAUGACAAAUUUCGGGAGCAACAAAAUCCAGUCUGUCAUGCUGUUUGGGCAAGGAAGACUGCUCCUGUCGUGCUACUCUGGGGCGCAUCGCCUUGCCCCAAACAGGCUUGCAAUCGGUCUCAUUUGCCUGCUCCCCAGCACAGGCCAUACGUGCCCUACAUUUUAUGCAUUACAAAUUUUUCGAUUUUGCGAAUUUCGAUUCUGACACAUCCAUAUCCCAAGGAUGAUCCUUCCUUGGGA